AUGGCUCAUACAAAACAGAUUGCCUGCAAAUCAACCAGUGGUAAAGCACCCAGGAAGCAAUGGGUUACAAAGGCCGCUAGCAAGAAUGUGCCCUCCUCUACUGGAGGGGUGAAGAAACCUCAUGGUUACAGGCCUGAUACUGUGACUCUCCGUGAAAUUAGACGUUAUCAGAAGUCCACUGAAUUUCUGAUUUGCAAACUUCCCUUCCAGCAUCUGGUGCAAGAAAUUGCUCAGGACGUCAAAACGCAUCUGCGCUUCCAGAGCGCAGCUAUGGGUGCUUUGCAGGAGGCGAGUGAGACCUAUCUGGUAGGCCUUUUUGAAGACACCAACCUGUGUGCUAUCCGUGCCAAACGUGCAACAACUAUGCCAAAAGACAUCCAGCUAGCACACCACAUACGUGGAGAAUAUGCUUAUGAAUCCACUAUGAUGGGAAACAUUUUAUCCUCAAAAAAAAUUCCCUUCUUCCUGUUAUUGGUAGUUCUGAACCUUAGAUAUUUUCUUUCCCAUGGGGUUAAAAGGUACCUAAGUAUAUUAUUUCGAGUGGAAAAAUAG